AUGAUGGCGUCAAAAGAUUGUGACCAGAUGUCCCUGCUACUUUCAACAUACAUGGAUCGGUCAUUUUUAGGGACACAAGAGGAAGUUAAUAUAAGAAUAAGGUCGCAGAUUUUAGGUGAAUAUUUAGACAAUUCUGCCAUUGAUUCCAAUUCAAUAAUUGUAUGCGGAAGCGCCGGAGAAGGAAUGGCUUUACCAGAUUCGGAUAUAGAUUAUAUGAGAAUAGACAAAACUACGAUAGUAAUGUAUCCUGGCGAAUGCCAUCCUCCAAACUUGGCACACAAAACCAUUCUGUACAUUAGAGAAGAAGACUGUCGCCCAGGCUAUGUUAAUUUAGAGCUUUUUCAGUUAGGACACAGAUGUGAAGAACAUUUAUUUAAGUCGUUUGUAAGAAAAGGUUCUUCGUUAUUUGUAUCCAGUGAUAUCUACAGGGGGCAACGGCUGCGUCGCUUCAGUAAAGAGGUAGGCGCGACAUAUGAAACAAGUGGGCCUAGUAUAACGUUAGGAUUAAAACGUACCCCGGAUAACGUCUAUAGCUUUCCAUGUAACAGUUGGCCAAAGGAGGCUAGAGAAUGGAUCACACGUCCACGUCUUCACGGAUGGCCGUGUCAAACAUUGAUAGACAAAAUUGUUCAGAACGGAUGCUAUCUUGUCCCAGUUGGAGAUAAGUGUUCUGAAGACACAUUUUUACAAUGGAGAUUAUCUUUUGUAACAGCAGAGAAAUCUUUAGUCCACUCAUUUAACCAUGUCCAAAAAAAAGUGUAUGCCUUACUGAAGUAUUUCUUGAAACAAAUAAAAGACAAUUUAAAAGAAAACAUUCGGGACGACGACAUCCUAUGUUCCUAUUUUAUGAAAAUUAUUCUUUUUCAUGCAAUAGAGAAUUCCAGUGAGAUGAUUUGGCAAGACAAAAACUUAUUUGGUUGCUUUUGGUUUUGCUUCAACAUCCUGAUCGCUUGGGUCAAGGCAGGAUUCUGUCCGAAUUAUUUCAUUCUUACCAACAACUUGUUCCAAAGGAAAGUACAUGGACAGAAUCAACAAAUACUGUUGGACGUCUUAAACCAAUACAUUCAGAUGAAAUGGAUGUGUUUGUCAGUAGGAAACAUCUACAAACCUAUCUGGCAGAGUCUGUCUGACGUAUCAGUGCAAACAGAUCUUCAACGGCCAAGACCUGUUUGGAAAAUUGUAAUGAGUGAAGAUAUAGCCACAGUUCAAGUUUUACCACUCACUGUAUGGACCAGACGUCUCACGUUAAAAACUGUAACAACGGCAAUGCAGUUAUUAACGACAGCAGAAACAAACUUCGAUGAAAUUUUCACGUACCACUAUGCUAUGAAAGGCCUGCAAAUACUUGCGACAAAACAAAUCAACCAAGACAACGUGGAUGUUCAAGGUAACAAGAUGAAGUACAGACGGCUGCGGAAAUGCAAACAUUGGAUGAUUCCUACCGCGGUAAUGGGUACGGAACUAUUGUAUUUGGCAACUUUCCAUUUUCUGACGGGAGCUUUCAGUAAAUCUUUGGAGAUGACCAGGAAAGUUCUAGAAUUAGCAUCAUAUUUUGAAUUAGGCUACCCUAUUGAAUAUCUACGAAAGAUGUACAAUGACUUAUCUCUUAAGACAGGACUUAGAUAUGAAAGACUGCAAAAAUUAUUCACACAAAAUUUGGUAUUUCGUUCUGACAGGAUGUGCCUUCCUCAUUUGAGUCCAGAGUUGCGUAGACAAUCUAGGCAAUUGGCAAUCCCACCACAGCCAUAUGCUUUGUUCCUGAAAUUCCUGUGCUGUUACGAGCUCGGAGACAUAGGAGGAUGUGUUGAAGCAUUACAAAACUUUAAACAGGUCCCGUAUGAAGAUGAUCAAAGCGGAGAAAAACACUGGAUGUUUCACACUCUCCUAGGAAUCUGUUACCAAACCAUCGGGGACUAUGAUAAGGCAAUCCGGGCUUACAUGCAAUCAGAUAGAUCCAAGACUUUACUUCACGAGUGUAAUCCCGCCUUUGACCGGAUAGCUGUUGUGUAUUUAUGUAUGUAUGCCUCACAAACGUCUGACAAAGGAUAG